AUGAGGGACGCCGAGGCGGUCGCGACCGCGGCCGGCGCAGGCGGCGCAGACGGGGAGGCCGCCGCCGCGCUUUUGGCGGUCAUCAUGAGUGGCACAUGCGACCCCGAUGACGCAUUCAAGCAUCCAACAGCCGCCGUCCCAGGCUGCGCUGCGGCGCUGGCCGGCCGCGUCGUCCACGGCGGCUUCAAGGUUUCCGGCCUGGCGGCGCAAGCUCUGGUCAAAGUCAUUCGCGCGCACCCCCACCAAGCUGAGGCCGCCUGCGGCGUCCCCGGCUUUGUCGAGGCACUAUGCGCGGCUCUCGCGAGGCGCGGCGGCGGCGCCGCGGCCGCCAUCGUGCUGCUGAGCGCGGUCGCCCGGGCGCCGCAUGGCGCCGCGGCAGCGACAGCCGCUUCCAUGCGCGGCGGGGCCGGCGGCUACGCGGCGGCGCUCCUCGACGCUGUCUGCUACCCGGGUCGCUGGCCGGAUUACUCGGCAGAUGAAGAAGGCGUGGGCGAGCUCCCCUCAGCCGCUCUGGCUGUGCUGCGACACGUGUUUGCCUCUGACGCGGUAUUGUCAUAUGCCCUCUCGACAGACCCUUAUUUUAAUCAGCACCUUGGUGGUGCCCUUGAACAUUCUCCCCUGGGCGCCGCUGCAGUGGUGGGCGCCUUGGCCGCCGAAGCCGGCCUCCCUGCUGAGAUGCGACUUGUCGCCCGUCUGCCGGGCUGCUGGGCUGCGCUCAGGUGCGCGCUGCUGGCAGGCGGGCAGCAUGCACAGCGGGCCGCCACAACCCUCAUGCGGCUGGGUCCCCCGCCCGUGGAGGUGCAGGAGUCGUUCCGCGGCUGCAAGCGGACGCUGGCGGCGCUGGCGGAACUUGUCGCCGCUGAUGAGAGCAGCGGCGGCGACGCGGCGAGGUGCGCGCUUCAGGUGCUGUUCGGACUCUCAGACGACAGCAACGCCGCGGCGGGCGAUAUCGCCGCCCAUCCCGCCUGCCGGGCGGCGCUGUCCCGUGCAUACAGCCUGGGGGCGCCGCUCGCCAAUCUGGCGACCCGCCUCAUUCUAGAUGUGUGGGGCGACGCGCGGCGCGGCUUGGUGGAGGAGAGGGCCGGCGCGCCUGGGCUGGUGGAGGCACUUGUUGCUGCACUGACUCGUGUGAACGACGCCACACCAGACUGCGAGUGCACGGGCACCUGGGCACGUGCAGCCCUCCUCCAUCUGGCCGGCGCCGGCGACGGGGCGGCGAUGUGCAUCAUGGCCGCAUGCGGGCCGCUGGCGGCUGCCGGAGAAGAUCCUGUCGCGAGGCAGGCAGUGGGGAGGCUGUUGGUGGCUGAUCCCUGGCGGCUGGAGGGGGCCGCCUUUGAGGCGUGGUGCGAUUGUGUGGCGGAGGGCGAGCGGCUGCGGCGCGAGGUGGAGCGGUUCAGGGCGAUCCCGCCUGAACUGGCGGAGGCGAUCGUGGGCUUUGCAGGCGAGAUGGCCGUGCGCCGCGGGCCGGCGCGCGAGCGGUAA